CUGAAUGAUUUGUGUGCAUUUGAAUGAAAUUUUUAAAUAUACGCACUCCCAGUUUAAUUUUUUCUGUAUAAGUUUUUGUGUGACAGUCAAACCACACAUAAUGUAAAUAAGCGAUUCCAUGUACCUUAAACCUGUGUUUAAAUAUCACACCAGUGACGUAACGAUAAUCGUGACCCAUUACCUUACGAAAAAAAGUCAACACAAAAACAUGUUUCCUGAUGUGAUUGGAAAUAACUAGCAUUUACCUGUUCUUUAAAUGAUUAUUAUACCGGUCAAGAUGAACCGCUAUGUGUAUGCGAUUUUGUUGAUUGUUUUAUUUGUGUUAUGUGAGGAAAUAUCAGAUAUUUACGGAAAAACAGUGCCGACCAUGCCAUCAAAACCAUUCAAACGAGGUUUAAGCAUAAUACCAGAACAUGCCGAAACGCUGAACAUAAAAUGCACAGAUUGCAUAUACAGAGAUAAAACUGAUAGUAAAAUUGGACAUUCAUCUGUGCAAACUAAACAUAAUGGAAGAAAGAAUCACCACAGGCGAAGAAAUCGUAGAAAAAACAAUAAAGGAAAACAUAGAAGAAGGAAUAACCUUAGCCCAAACCAUCAUUUGGCAAGUUCUGACAUGGCGGCCUCUAAACCAUCAGCUCAUCACAUGAUCUAUCCAUCCAAUCACCAACAAGAUUUUCCUCAGUUGCCAGCUGCAGUUGCACGAUUGGAGAGAAGAUUGCACCCAUCCCUGUCAGGAUCUAUCAGUAAAUUGAAACAGACACUUACAAAGAUUGUUCAAAAGAUGAAUCGAAAGUUGAAUGAGAUGAAGUUUGAACGUCGAGACUCUCAAGUAUCAGCUAAAAACAGCAUGAUGAAAGUCCGAGAGGAGUUACAACACAUCACACAGGAAAACAAUAGGGCAUAUGAUGCUAUUCUCGAUGUAUCCCAGCUGACCAGGAUGGUUUUACUGAAACAGUCACAACUUGGAGCCCCUGCUCCUUUCCAUCACGUGGAGAAACCCGCCUGGAUGAAGAAAACCCACUGGAACUAUGGACAAAUGGAUAUUGCCAAAAACGAAAGUUAUCUCGUGAACAGUACCUACUUAAAGAUCAUGAGGAUGAAAACCAAUUUUGUCCAACAAGAUGCCCGGAUGGUACAGCUAAACGACGCCAUGAAGGACGGUUUGUCCGAUCUAGAGCGAUUAAGAGAUCUUAAGAUGCAUGCUCGACGUGUCCUGAUGGAGCUUUAUGUCGGGAUAGAGAACAAGGUCAUCCAGAAGAAAGUAGACAGGUACAAGGACUUUGAGAAUAGUAUCAGAAGGUAUAUAAAUGAAUCACAGACUUUGGCGAAAUCUGCAUAUAUGGACCUUAGAUUUGCCCAGCGGAAUUUCAUGGAUAAUGUAGGUCUGAGUAAGAGUAUAAAACAGGGACGAGGAGGCAGCAAUCAGACUUCUGUAAUACAUGUAAAUACCAAAGGCCGUAAUACGGACGUUAGGACGCUGGUCAACAUGGCUUAUUCUAUGGCACGGAAUCUGCAGAAAUCUGAAGAACUACUUAACAGAACCAUAAUACCUGUACUGUUAAAAGCUAAAAACAUUACACAAGGAGAUGGAACAUUGCUUUUAAAGGUCGAGACGCAACAGAUUGGUGCAAGAUUAAAAUCUUAUGUAUUGAAAAUAGAUAGAGUGCUGGAUCAUCUCAGAAAAAUGCUGAGCGAUGAAGCCAUUAUUGAAGAGCGAUGUCAUAAUAUUCUUGCUUUGAAAGAAUAUGAUAAAAAGACGAGUGUUCUUGAUUGUACUGCAUAUAUUGAUGACAGCAAUGUUGAGAGCGGUAGUGGUUCUGGUGAGAUAGAUAUCAUUGAACCUGAUUCCUCCCCAAUACCCUCUGUUCUGCCUCAAAAGAAUGAUACCUCGGAAAAAGUGACGGUCUCGACAGAUGAUUUCAUUUUUAUUGAUGAUGAUAAUGUAACACUUAAGCCGUUAAAACCAGAAGCAACUACCCUUAGUCCGACGACCACUUCUUCAACUACUACUACAACUGAAAAAUCAGGAGGUUUCCUUUUUAAUUUCUUUGGAGGGAAAACAACGGCAUCUCCAACAACUACCACAACUACGUCUUUAUCAACUUCUCAACUGACUAGUACAACAAAGACUACCUCUACAGAAGUCACAACAUCAACCACAGUGAAGCCUAUGACCGCAAUUAUCACAAAGAAACCAUCAACAUCAACUUCAACUACCACCACUCCUACAACAACUACCACCACUCCCUCAACAACUACCACUACUUCUCCUUCAACCACAACCACAACUACCACUCCAUCAACCACAACUUCCACAACACCUUCAACAUCAACUACCACUUCCACAACUACUACCACUCCUUCAACCACAACUACCACCACUCCCACAACCACAACUUCCACAACACCUUCAACAACUACCACUUCAACAACUACUACCACUCCUACAACCACAUCUACCACUCCCAUGACCACAACUACCACCACUCCUUCAACCACAAAUACCACUCCUUUAACAACUACCACUACUCCUACAACCACAACAACAUCUUCAGCAACCACGAUAGCAACCAGUACAACACCGUCAACCUCAAUUCAUACAACCCCUAAAACCACACCAAUAUCGAAAACAACGACAUCCGUUUUGCUUGACAUAUCAGGAAGUGGUAGUGGUGAUGUUGAUGAUACAGAGCCUGAAGAAGAAUUGCAUCCGACAAAAUCACUACCAACAGCUACUGAACGUAUACUGAUUGAUGAAAAUGAUAAUGAAGGCAUUUUUAUUGAAAAACAUGACAAAGAGAUAAUCUCUACCACCACGGAAAUACCAACCACCACAAAAAAGAAAUCAUGGUGGGGCUGGCCAUUAGAUGAUCACGCUGGAUUUCCAAAUAGAUUUAGGGAUAAAUUGGCUCAAAGAACACACAUUUAUAAAUCAAAAGCUGUUGAUUUGUUUGAAAACUCAACAAGUCUUCGGAAUCGAAUAGCAGAGAUUAACCAGAGGAACACAGUUUUUGUUUUGCGAAAGAACAAUAUGGAAUUAUUCGUAUCCAAUUUAACAGAGGUCUCAAAUCUUUGGAAUGCGACCAAAGAUACUAUUCGAAAAUUUAAACCACGAAUUCAAAAAAUGUCUGAAGUAUUUCUAAGUAAAAUUGAAUUGAUUCUGAAUAAGUCCAAGGAAUUCGGUAAAAUUGCUAAAGAAAAACUAGCAGCGUUUGAGGGAGCUUCAGCCAUCUCGAAAAAUGACAAGUCCAGGAAGACUGCAGAGACUCUAACUGAUUUAUUGACAAAAGUGACAGAAAUUAAGAAAAACAGACAAGAAAUCAAUUCAAUUUUGACUACCCAUGCCGAUCCGUGUUUAAAAAUACAAAGAAGUACCGCAAAACUAAGGAAUAAUAUAGCAGAAUUAAGAAAAAAGAUACAGCGAGCAAAACGAAUUUCCAGUGCUAUGCCGGCCUCUUUAUCAAUGGACGGAAAAGACUCGUUAUCCUUGACUGUCACCUCCACUCCUCUUUACAAGUCACCAUUUUCUACGUUUGGAUUUUGUAUCAAACCAGAGAAGGGUUCCAUGGCUAUAGCCACUUUACAUAAUCCGUCAUCGACCAGUUGGGUUGUGGAACUCGAAGAACGAAAGCCAAAAAUAACUUUCUUUGGUUCAGAUGGACAGAAAACAGGACAGCUCAAGUCCCAGACAGAAGUGGAACUUGGAAAAUGGAUCGACUUGAAAAUUUUUAGGUUUGGUAGUUCCAUUCUGUUAAACAGCACAGAUUUGGAGACGUCUACAUACAAGUUAGAAGCCAAAGCGAUUCCAGGGCUUCCUGUGGUUAUUGAAUCACUGCAGUCAGCAACUGUAGGAUUUGCAGAGACUAAGGAUAAUUUUACCGGCUGUAUCGCAGAAGUUACCUUAAAUGAUGAGAGGAUGGGAUUACUUGCCUCGAGAAUAAAAAAGAAACACUGCACAAGCAAUUGUGUAAAUAAGAACAAUGCGGCAGCCAUGGUGUUUGAUGGCACCGGCUUCGUUAGAUUCUCAGUAGACAUGGUAUAUCCGCUUUAUCCAAUCAAAGAAAUGGGAUUCCACUAUAGGACGUACCAAGACAACGGCAUCUUAUUGCUUCUGAACGAUCGUUUACAGGCAUUGCAAGUUUUAGUAUCCAUCAUGGAAUGUAGAUUACACGUGGAGGCGCGGAUCAACAGGGGCACGACUGUCGUCCGUAGCACUUCUGUGGAGUAUUGUGAUGGAACGCAGAGAUUUGUAAAAUUAAUAUUUGGAGAAAAGAUACAAAUAAAGACGAGUAACCCGGAUGAGGUUUUUCUCCCAGAAUCCAGCACACAGGAAAUUACACCGUCAAUAGAUGACGGACUCUAUCUGGGAGGUCUAGGAUCGCAAAAUAAAAUGAUAUCCGGAAAAAAUAAGUUAAGAUCUAUCGUUGGUUGCAUCUCCAAUUUGCAAAUAGAUAACAAACACUUUCCUUUUUAUAUGGCUGAAAGCAGUAGAAAUGUACAUAUAGGAAACUGUGAUUAUAAUGCAUGGUUUAAGUGUGUUCGAUUUGAUGAUAAUAGUCAACCAAUUGUACUUGAGAAAGGAAGAGAUGCUAAGAUUGUGUCUUUUGCUGUCACUCGUGAUUCAAUGGGAAGAGUUCUCAACUAUAAAACCAAGCACUUUGAUGUAGAUAUCCUAGUGGAUGGUAAGGGUAUUGAAGUUGUUGACAAUAAAGAGGAAGAAAAUCAUGAACUUCCGUUUCCGCCUGACCACGACAAUCAUUGGUUGAUUCUGUCCAUAACCGAUAAAAAUAAAAGGGUAACCGUAAAUCUAAAUGGUAGUUCAGUGUAUGUUGGGUACAGUCUUGGCUGGUUCGUGGGUGGAAACACACACACGUCAGAUUAUACUGUGACUGUCGGAGCUUCAGGGGACGGAUCUCAAAGUUUUGUUGGUGGAGUAUCCCGCUUGAUAAUUGAUGACAGGGAGACCCCACUUGACGAUUUUAGAAAUUCCCAUCACCUGCAGAGCUGCAGACGACCAUUAGUAGAAUCUCUGGACGUUGCGGACAUGUCAGAAAAACCAGUCUGCUGACGAACUGUGUUAGUCAUGUGUUUACCGGUGUCUGUCAGGCGGCAAAAUCAGAUUACGCCACGACCAAAGUUCAACAUGUUUGUUCAAGGCCCUGACAUAUAUAUUUUUGUACUUCAAAACACCAUUUGUGUUUAUUAGUUUGCAUUUUAACUUCAAGUACGCCUAUCUUAUUUUUUUGUCAAAUUUCAGAGUAGACAUUCGAACAAGGGCAUUGGAAGUUAAUGUAAAGGUUGAGUAUUUGCAUGUAUAAAAACUCUACA